AUGUACGGGCAAAGCAACUUGGUCUACCCGCCUGUUGCCGGGAGGCCAGUUGAGCAGAAGGCUAGUUUGCCGCGGUGUGAUGAUAGCUUCCGCGUUCUGGAGAUUCCCAUUCAUCGACCGCCACCCACCACAUUUAAUCACGUGAACGGAGGGAAUUCAUGGAAUUAUCCGCCUCCUCCUCCUCCUCCUGCAACUCAGCACUACGAACAGUUUUCCGCAUAUCAUUCCGCUGGCUAUUCCCUGCCUUCGCAGUACUCUACCCCUGGCUUUGCUCCUCCGUACCCGUUUGGCCAACAAGCUGCAUCCUAUCCUCCGCCGGUGUUUCCGCCGCCUCCAGGAACCGACAAGAACAUGUCCUCCGAAGAAGCUGCGUUGUUGUCUCGCUUCAUGAAACUCACGCGAGACCGUGAUAAGUCCCCUAGGCCAGAACGGGCCUCUCGUAAACGCGAAGAGCGGAAUUCCUCGUAUGAUAAAUACAGUAGAGGAAGAGAGGAUCGUAGCAGCCGGAGACGACCGUCGCCCGGACGAGAUUCGGCCAGAAGGGGUGAUCGGGGCCCGUCCAUAUCGUCGAGGACUGUCCGGGGACGUAAACGAUCCCGUUCGCGUUCGCCGGAUUCCUCGCGAAAAUCCGUUUCUCCCCCGAGGAAAAUCGCUAGACCACCCAGAGGUCCACCAUCUCCACUUCCAUCAAACGAAGAACUACCAUUCUUGGAGAAAAAGCCGGAGAAACCACCGAAGAAGAAAGCCAACGAAGCCGAAGAAACAAUCCGAUUCUACCGUUGCUCCCCCGCCGAUCUUUAUUAUGAGCGUGAUCCGUCAAAUCCGAAAGUGUUCAGAGCGACUCAGGAAUUGAAAGCUCUUUGUGAAAGGUUUGAAAGUGAGCUGUUGAGCAUCUUCCCAAAACCUGAAGCACCGGAAGACACUGGCAUAUUGUCAGAGGUAUCCGAUGACGACCUCAAUGAUGAUCCUUGCAAACCAGCGAAAUCGUGCUCAGCGGUUAGAAACUGCUUGAACAAAUUCAUGGGUAACGAAGAGGAUUCGGGAGACGAAAGUGAUUCAAGUGUGAGUAGCGCGAGGAGCAGCGACCUUAACGAGUAUUUUGAAGAAGAGGAAAGAAGAAUGCGUGAGAAACCCGCUGCGUGCCAAAAUGCCAUGCAUCCUGACCUUUAUUACAACGAAAUUCACAAGCGAAAUAUGGGACCGAUUUGCAAGUGCAGCUCAAGCUCGAGAAAGCUCGGAAUACGUCACGGAGUCUACGUUGGUGAAAAACUCGUUCCUCCUUGUAACAAGUGGACGAAUAAUGGUGACAAGCUGUACCACUAUAAAGUUACGCUUGCCCCUCCAACUAACUUUCUGGUCAAAUGCCCUACGACGAUAGUCCACGAUGGACACGAAUUCCUAUUCGAAGGCUUUUCGUUGUUCAGUCAUUACGAAUUGCAUUCCUUGCCGCCGUGCCAAUUAUUUCGGUUCUAUAUUCAUUACACGAUUGACUUCGAGAACCAGCCCGUCUUUGAUGCGCUCACCACGGUGCACGAGUUGAAUCUCUUUCGUCAAUACGUGUUUUUCGAUCUGCUCGAGCUUUACGAUUUGGAGUUGAAAAUUGGGCUUACAUAUCAGGAGCGAAUGAAGCAAGCCUGGGAACCUGUGAGAGAUGAUGUUAACUGCGAUCUUUUCCACUUCAUGCCUCGAUUUGUGCGUCAGCUUCCGGAAAGCGGCUUGGAGAUUUUGUCGAUGAAUUAUGUGCUGGAUUUCUUGUUGAAAUCGUGGCAGAAGCUGAUUUCUCCUUGGGAUAUAGAGGAGAAAUUGAAAGCGCCCACAUCGACUUGGGCGGAUUAUGCGGAGUCAUUGAAAGAAGCAUUUCUUGAAGGUUGUUUGUGUUGUUUUCAAUUUUUAGGAGCCGUUGUUUGCAGACCAGAUAAAAGACCGAGAAGUCUGCGCGUGGAUCAGUUGGACAGAGAUGACGCAUUGCUUUAUGCUCAAGAAUAUAUCCGACAGCGUCGCGAAAAAGAAAAAAAAUCUAAAUCAAGCCGGCGUCGUGAUGAAGAUGUUCAAUGGGAAGUCGAUAAGCUGUAUCCUGAUCUGGUACACUUUGGGGUCCGUCCUGCUCAUCUCACUACUGAGUACCACAAAGCUUACAGGGAAUUCUUGAAAGCUCGAUACCUGCUGGUGAAUAAACCGCGGCCAACUGCCCAAGAUAAAGAAAAACUGCUGGAAAUGGAAAGGGAGCUGAGGAAACUGCGCACCCAACCUGCGAUGCGAAGGGAGGUCACUGUGGGUUUGUCGACGAAAGAUUUCUUCGUGACAGGACUUUUCUGUGAUGUGGUCCAGCAUAUGUUGUUCCUGCCGAUUUUGGUGUGCCAUUUGAGGUUCCACAAGUCGCUGGAUUCCCUGGAAUCGGCCAUGCAGUAUCGUUUCAAGAAUCGCUACUUGUUACAACUUGCCUUGACCCAUCCGUCAUAUAGGGAAAACUACGGAACCAAUCCGGAUCACUCUCGGAACACCCAAACAAACUGUGGCAUUCGUCAAGCCGAGUAUGGAGAUCGGGAUCAGAUUGGUUUCUUAUUGACAGGAAUCGUGACUCUCAUGAAGAUCAUGUCUCAGUUUGGAACCGAAGAAGAAGCUGAUUCUGAGACUAUGGACAAUCAGCGUCUGGAAUUCUUCGGCGAUGCCGUUGUGGAGUUUCUAACUUCAAUCCACUUGUUUUUCAUGUUCCCGGAUCAAGAGGAAGGUUCACUGGCAACUUUCCGCGCUGCAUUGGUGCAGAAUUCCCAUUUAACUCAUCUGGCACGGAUUUUAGAGCUACACAAAUACUUCCUGUAUUCCCAUGGACCGGAUCUUUGUCUGGAACUUCCUCUACGCCGUGCAAUGGCGAAUUGUUUUGAAGCAUUGCUCGGGGCGAUAUAUUUGGACGGAGGAUUGGAGGCUGCCGACAAGCUCUUAGCGGAGACCAUUUUCAGAGAAGAACCGAGUUUGCUCACAGUGUGGGUCCGUUUACCGCUACACCCUCUGCAGCAGCAAGAACCCAAUGGCGAUCGUCAUCUCAUUCCACGCAUCCCUUACUUGCAAAAACUGCGAGACUUCGAAGGCGACACCGGAGUCGAGUUCAAUCAUAUUCGUCUCCUGGCGCGAGCAUUCACGGAUCACUCUGUUGGCAUGACGAAUCUGACUCUUGGCUCUAACCAGCGUCUCGAAUUCCUCGGCGACACUGUCCUUCAACUGAUCGUCACCGAGCACUUGUAUCUUCAUUUUCCGAGUCAUCACGAAGGUCAUUUGUCUUUGCUGCGGACGACCUUGGUUAAUAAUAAAACGCAAGCCAUCGUUUGCGAUGAAUUGGGAAUGGCGAGAUUUUCGCUGAGUGCUCCGCAUCGGAAGAAGGUGGUUGUUGGAGAGUCGCAAGUUGAUAAACCGCCAUUGAAGAUGAAGGAUAAGGCUGAUCUGCUGGAGGCUUACUUGGGAUCUUUGUAUGUGGAUCAAGGAUUGGAAAUAUGCAAGGCCUUUUGUCGAGUUUGCUUCUUUCCGCGGCUGAACGAAUUCAUUUUGAACCAAGACUGGAAUGAUCCCAAGUCGAAGCUGCAGCAGUGCUGUUUGACUCUGCGUAGCCUGGGCGAAAGUGAGCCCGAUAUCCCAGUGUACACAGUCGUUGGAUGCGUCGGACCGACAAACACGAGGAUCUACACCGUUGCUGUUUCAUUCCGCGGGGAAGAAUUGGCCCGUGCUUCUGCUCCUUCCAUCAAACAGGCGGAAAUGGAUGCUGCCAAGUGUGCUUUGGAGACGCAAAGAGCUUUGGAUCGCCUCCGUCGACAAAAGCGGCAUGAAAAGCGCAUGUGUGCUCGCGCCAAUCCGCCGCAGAUCAGGGAUAGACAUGCUAAACAAAACGUGCAGAAACAUGAUUCAGACAUCGAUUCGCCGCCCAAGACCCCUCUACCGAACCCUCAAGGUAAUAAUGGUCCAGGUGACGAAAAGGAGAAACUAAAGGAUGGCACAGGGAAGCGCAAGCGACGCACGAAGAAACGCAAGCCGUGGCAGUUGAACGGCGGUGUUCCGGGAGUGGAGGUGCCAUCGUCGACUGCUACCGUUUUGGAGUCGAAAUCAGUGUGUAUUUCUCCUGGGGACGUGGUGACUCCGUUCGUUCUUGUGGCGCCGGCGUUGCCUUCACGUGCCCAAUCGAAAACCGCUGUCGGCGCCGGGGAGCCCAGCAAACGUGUUUGAUCACGCGACUGAAGAAAGCAGGGUUUUCUUCUUUUAUUUUCAUUUUUUUAUUUUUUCCUUCUCUGUGAAACUAUUGCGGUCAAGUUCCAACUUGUCUUUCCAGGUUUUUUGGAUAAAUUUAAAAUACGCUUUUUACAUUUUGAGAAUUUUGUUCGAAGUUCCAGCUCGCAUAUUAAAAGUACAGUACAGUGCAGUACAGUAAUUUUUGUUUGUGUUCUCGUCGCUUGAGAGCUCGUGCGUUGUGGAGUUCGAUGUUAAAUCUAAAAUUCACGUUGCAAAAUUUCGCUGUCAUGAUGUCAUCCGAAGGACACAGUUUUUUCGGGCUUAAUGCUGAUGUGGUUUGAAAAAUUGCUUGACCGUUUUUCUAAAUCGUUGUUGGUCUCGUUUUUCAUUUAUCCAUUUUAUACCUAUCGUAGAGUCACUCGGAGGGAGAUUUUUUAGCGUGUUCGACUCGAUUCUUUGCAUUGUGGCCAAUUUUUCUUUCUUUUCGUGGUUCGUCAUUUUGGAAUUUUUGGUGUGAGAGCGUAUUCUUAACGAUGGGUUGAUCUGGAAAGCAGAGUUUAGUGAGUGAAGACAAUUUUCCGUUCAAGUUCUGGAUACGUUAUCAGAAAGCCCAACAUUUCGUGUGCUUCUGUUCCGUAAAGUUGUUUGUUCCCACGUGACAAAUUUUCGAGUGUUCGUGAUGCAAAUUGUGGUUAUUUUCAAGACCAUUGCCAAACUUGGUGAUUUUUUUUUCGGGGAGUGUAAGGCUUGAUAUUAAUGGUAGCUUAAGAGAAAGUUCAUCUAGUUCCAAUGAUGGUUUCGAAAAAGACUGCCUACUUGAGUCAGAGCUGUGUUCCGAGAAAGAAAAGCAUACCGUCAUUUCCCGAAGACGAAACCAAACGAUUCAUCUCUGCAUCAAGGCAUUGUUUUGUGUGAAUGUUCGAGAGCUUUACCACUAUGGUUUGCUUGAAAGAAACUCGGAUGUUCCAAAGAAAGCCUAGAGAAGGGGAAUUUUUUUAAGCUUUCUUGAAACGAGUAAGGGGAAAAUGUGUCGGGAGAUUUUCUUUUUUUUAUUUUAAUUUCGAAAACUGUGCCAGGUUUCUUCUACUGUACUACUCAGGGUCUAUUCGAGUCAUUUCCAAGGCAUAAAGUUCGUGAGGAAUCCGUGAGUGAUGUGGGGAGUCUUGUAAAAUGGGUUCAAGUUUCAACGGAUAAAAAUCUUGAAGAAUCGAAAUUACGCUGUGUUCGAUGUGGUUUCCGAUAAGGAGGUUGAAUAUCAUCUGGACAGUGGCCUCUUUCUGUGGGUUGCGAUCGAUUACCGCAGUGUGAGGUACUGUACUCUGAAUAUUCCUGGGUGAAUGCUUUGUAUGUGUAACCCCGUUUUUUCUUUCUCGGAAUUUUGUGUCUUUUUCUGUGGAACAAGUUUUUGUUUGCUUUUCAUGAAAUCGCUUUCUCUUCUGGAGGCGGUUUGCCGCACACACUGCUAGUCGACUCGUGUUAUUGAGAGGUUCUUUAAAUACCGUCUCGUAUUAUUGGGGAAAGUCUUCACGAACGAUGUUCCGCGUAUUUCGUUGGCAUUCUGGACGUGUCAUCGACUGAGUGAGGGUUUUUUAAUGCUGAAAUCAAAUCACCCUUAAUUUUUUGCGAGCUUCUACAUGAGUAUUUCAUUUUUUUAACCCGAACUAUUUGCGGUGAAAAUGUGUGGUAAUAUAUUUAUGGUUAAACAAAUUAUAAAUUUCGGUGAAAAUUACGUUUGGUGAACAUUAACGGAAAUACUUAACUUCUUACAGAACAACGUUUUGUAUAAGGGUCGAAUAGUUCUGAUCAAUAAUGCCCUGAAUAAUAAGAAUCAGGUCUAGUAAAAGAUGAUUAACUUGAGAAAAUUCAGAAUAAAGUUUUCUACUUAAAAUCGAUGGAGUGUGAUUUAAAGAGAGGGGAGAAUACGGAAAUAAGGGGUCAGUGUUGUUAAUGACGCAUUUUUAACGUAGAAUUGCUUUUUAACGUAUGAUGUACUUUUCGAUUAUAGUAAUUUAUUCUGAGACUAAAGCGAUAAAAAAUGUUCAGCCUUAUUUAUUUGCUUUCUUUGAUUUUUCCCUGCAAGUUUUCGCAACACUGAAGAAGUUACUUAUAAAGAUUCAGAUAAAAUACCUGUGAAUAAAAUACAUAUUCAGAGAUCAUCAUUGAGAAUAUUAAUUUUUUUCUAUUUCUUUCCUGCUUCGCGACUGCUUUCAUUUGAAAUACUGUACAUAUUUAUCACGAGCUGUGCGAAUUACCGAAAUACCGUAUCUUGUUUGUUGAAAUGAGGAUUUUUUGGCGUAUUUUGUCAGGGGCAAAAGCUUGUAUGUUUCACGUUUUAGGAGGCAAGUCGAUGUCAUGUCCGUUUUGCAAAGAAGUACCCACUGACGUUCGGUAGUUGAAAAAUUGAAAGAAUUCAAACGUUGCUUACGAAAAAUUUCAUGCAUCAAAGAAGGUCACCGUUCGGUUAUUUUGUCAACAGUGCCUUGAUAAAACGGUGCUGAAGAAAAAAAAAACGAUUCCCUGAAGACGUGGAUUCAGACGGUUCAUAUCCUGAGUUUUUGGCCCUUUAAAGCAUUCCAGCAAUCCCGAGAUUCUCAUUUAGAAAAAAAGUGGGCAUACGCGAAAUCGGCGACUGAAUUACUAUUCCCUUACGAAUUUGGAAAAUGUCAGACAUUGUGCGAGGGGUAUUCCAAAAGUUUGCCGAUGAUCCGUCUUUGGAAAUUAGUUCAGUGAAUUCCGUGAUGUUUACCGUUUCACUCCCACUCCCUGACAUACUUCAAAUGCAUGCCACUGAUAACAAUUCAUUUUUUAAUUAAAUAUGGAUAAUUAUUUGAAAGCCCAACUCUUUUCGAAUGUGGCAGCUCUUAAGGACAAACUGUUCUAAUUUUUAUUAUUAUUGAGAAUCAGGUUUAUUCAAUGAGUGAAGAAAUUGAAACAAAAGCUUUUUUUAUUUUUUCAAGAAUUUACUUCUCAAAUUCGACUUUGAGGUUUGUCAAUUUCCUCUCUCGAUUUUCACUGCAUCCAUUUCGCAGAAUUUUCCUUCAGCGCAAUUUGUCCUUCGAGAUUCUCCCAUCUGACAUACUGUAUAACAUAUCCUUGAUUUGCCCUGCAACUUUUCGCAGUUGCUUUUGAAAAAUCCCUCGUAUUCUGUAGAAAUUAAAAAUUAGGUGCGAUACCAAAAAAAAGGCGAAAAAGAAAAGCGUUUGUUGAAGCUCUGGAGGACGCUGCUUCCACGUGGUGAUGAUCGAGUAUCUGUGUUGUGUCGCAUGUUCCUUCUAAUGAAAGUCUUGGCUUGACGAAGGGGUGGGGUGGAAUGAAGCGAGAUUCUUGAA